AACUUCAAAAGAUUCAAGAGUUUUAAUCGAUAGAAGUAUAGACAUGCUCAUCACUAAUUUGAAAGAAUAUAAUGAAAAAUGUCUUUUAGAAGAAUUUAAUUUAACAUAUGUAUUUUGUGAAAUAUGUUUUGUAUCCAAUUCAGGAGCACAUUGCAUCAAAUUCAGCUGUGACCAUGCUUUUUGUAAAUUAUGUGUGUCAGAAUAUUUAUUAACAAAAAUUAAAGAUGGUAAUGUCAUUGGCAUUACUUGUCCAGCAAUAAAUUGCAAGCAAGAAAUCAGCAUAGCUCAAAUCAAGAAUUUAAUUUCGCAAGAAAACUUUCUCAAAUUUGAAAAGCUUAUGCUUAGUCAAACAUUAGAUACGAUGAUGGAUAUUAUAUAUUGCCCAAGAGUAGUUUGCCAAUAUCCUGUUACUUACGACCCAUCUGAAGCCGUUGCCUCAUGUCCAAAUUGCUUAUAUUCUUUUUGUGUACUUUGCAAAAGGGUAUAUCACGGUGUGGAACCUUGCAAAUUAAAACAAGAGGAUAGAUUAGCUGUCAUUGAAAAAUAUCAAAACGGAACCGAUGAAUAUAGACAAGAAAUAAAUAAAAGGUAUGGUGAAAAGUAUAUUAAAAGGUUAUUAGAAGAUCAUGCUUCUGAAGAAACUAUAAACAAUAGCACGAAACCAUGUCCAAAAUGUGGAGUUCAAAUAGAGAAAUCGGAGGGAUGCAAUAAGAUGACAUGUAACAGAUGCCACAUUUUUUGCUAUUUAUGUUCUUCAGUUUUAGACAGAGGUGAUCCAUAUGAUCAUUUUGCAAAUCCUGCUUCAAGAUGUUAUAAUAAAUUAUUUCCGCAUGAAAGAACUGAAGAUGAUUAA